AAGAUUCGAAAGCCUGUCAUCGUCGUCAACGGCUUCAUGCCGGCGCCCUUUACUGCUAGGUUUCGAGAGGUGGUACCUUCCAUGGCCUCCUCAGCGCCAUGCAGCUCCAACUGCCGCGCUUGAGUACGCCCCACACAAGCUUUCUCACCGGCUUACUUUCGCACCUUCUCAUCUUGUGUCAUUGGUUCGUCGAUGGAUGUCUGGCUUUUGGUGUCACCCAUCCUCCCCUUCCAGAGAUGAUCUGGGUUUCAUUCCAAGAACCCAAGAUGACACUACAACAAACCCGGCUUGCCCGGGAUUUCGGGCACUUUCGAGGACAUAUGGAUAUUCGACGGUCUGUCGUUCAGCCGCCGGAAAACCACUUGGCAGGGGUCUCCAGCUUAUUGUCUUUCAAUGUUGCGCUUCGUCAAGCCGUCAACUUAACCACGGAUGAAAGGAAACUGCGACUGUAGGUUGCAACUCCUACGUUGGGAGGUGGCCCACCUUCCUUGACCAACAGCUCGUGCCAAAUUAGCGAGCCGCAACAUGCAACUGCAGUCAGCACAAUGGGAGGCAUUGAUUGCAUCACGUCCAUCAUCAAAAUAUUUUGCGCAUUAAUUAAAAGCCUACUCACCGCCUGUAGUACUAUUUCAAGGGUCUUCCAUUCGAAUCUCUCAUCCUGUGUGUUGAAACAGGGCUAAUCCACGCUACUUCGUGCCGUUGCA